CUCAAGCUCAGCACACUAUGCAUAAUACACAGUGUGACCCCAAAUAACCAAGGGGGGGAAAAAUGGCUGAUGAUCGUCAGCAACCCUCAACAAAUCCGAUGUCAAAAACCCCAAAUCAACCCGCGUCGGAUUGGAAAUCAACAAAAUUUCCCAAACCCCCACAAACCCAACAAUACCCAAAUCCUCCAGAUCCAUCAAACCCUGAUCCUGCGACUCUAAGGGAGCAGUGGCGGUUUGCGAUCAGGCAGUACGGCAAAUGGUACUCUCACGCUUGGGGUACUGCUAUUUUAGCUGGGGUUUCUUUUUUUGCAUUGGGUUGGCUCAUCAAAGGAUCCAAUCCUCUCCCUUCCCUUAGUAACCCACAGAGAGAACGACAGCAGCAAGAAGAUGAUCCCCAGAGCUCGAGGCCCAAUGAUUAAUAGUACUUCGUAAGAUUACUAUGAAUUGUUUCACCUUUUUCUGUGUGUGAUUAUAUGAUGGGUAGUAGAUAUUGUAUUUGUUCAAUAAGAAUUAGCGUAAAUUUUCACAUAACCCCCCAAAGCAUUUCAGCAAUUUUGAGAUCACUUCAAAAGUUUGGGGUUGCUAGGAAUGGUUUUGGGGUUAAACUGCUAGAGUAGUGUUAUAUGCCCUUAAACAUCCAAUACAUUUUUUAUUGAUUAUUAAUUGAGUUUAUUAUU